GAGCAAGGACAGUGAGGCUCAACCCCGCCUGAGCCAUGCCAGCCAACUUCACAGAGGGCAGCUUCGAUUCCAGUGGGACCGGGCAGACGCUGGAUUCCUCCCCAGUGGCUUGCACUGAAACAGUGACUUUUACUGAAGUGGUGGAAGGAAAGGAAUGGGGUUCCUUCUACUACUCCUUUAAGACUGAGCAAUUGAUAACUCUGUGGGUCCUCUUUGUUUUUACCAUUGUUGGAAACUCCGUUGUGCUUUUUUCCACAUGGAGGAGAAAGAAGAAGUCAAGAAUGACCUUCUUUGUGACUCAGCUGGCCAUCACAGAUUCUUUCACAGGACUGGUCAACAUCUUGACAGAUAUUAUUUGGCGAUUCACUGGAGACUUCAUGGCACCUGACCUGGUUUGCCGAGUGGUCCGCUAUUUGCAGGUUGUGCUGCUCUACGCCUCUACCUACGUCCUGGUGUCCCUCAGCAUAGACAGAUACCAUGCCAUCGUCUACCCCAUGAAGUUCCUUCAAGGAGAAAAGCAAGCCAGGGUCCUCAUUGUGAUUGCCUGGAGCCUGUCUUUCCUGUUCUCCAUUCCCACCCUGAUCAUAUUUGGGAAGAGGACACUGUCCAACGGUGAAGUGCAGUGCUGGGCCCUGUGGCCUGACGACUCCUACUGGACCCCAUACAUGACCAUCGUGGCCUUCCUGGUGUACUUCAUCCCUCUGACAAUCAUCAGCAUCAUGUAUGGCAUUGUGAUCCGAACUAUUUGGAUUAAAAGCAAAACCUACGAAACAGUGAUUUCCAACUGCUCAGAUGGGAAACUGUGCAGCAGCUAUAACCGAGGACUCAUCUCAAAGGCAAAAAUCAAGGCUAUCAAGUAUAGCAUCAUCAUCAUUCUUGCCUUUGUCUGCUGUUGGAGUCCAUACUUCCUGUUUGACAUUUUGGACAAUUUCAACCUCCUUCCAGACACCCAGGAGCGUUUCUAUGCCUCUGUGAUCAUUCAGAACCUGCCAGCAUUGAAUAGUGCCAUCAACCCCCUCAUCUACUGUGUCUUCAGCAGCUCCAUCUCUUUCCCCUGCAGAGAGCGAAGAUCACAGGAUUCCAGAAUGACGUUCCGGGAGAGAACCGAGAGGCAUGAGAUGCAGAUUCUGUCCAAGCCAGAAUUCAUCUAGACCCUAGGGCAGUGCCAGUGCUAGGCUGAGCACCAUCAGCUCUCCCAGGUCCUUGUCACCUGCUUGGGCACGUGCAUGGAACCCGAGCCAACUUCACCCCACCCUUGUCAUUACCUGGGAGAUGCACAAGACAAAUGUUCUAAUGACUGCAUGCACUGCUUAAGUAUUGGCCAACACGAACUCCCCAGUUAUUCAUGCCAGCCAGGAAGGAAACGCCUUCCUUCCCCACCAUUCCCAGCCCUCCUUCCCACUGGCCAGCACCUGAACCCAGUGAACACAGGCAUCAGUGGUCCAGGGUCCUGGCUUGGAGCCAGUGAGUAGACAGGCAAGCAGAGGGGACAAAGGUAGCUGGGUUAUACAUGAAUAUUCUCAUUAUAAUAGAAGAAAAUAAAAGACUUAAUUAAGCCUAUAUUUUUCCCCCAGUUUUGGAUUGGAGGUUC